AUGGCGAUGGAGGAUCAUCCGAAAGGCGACUCUGGGGAGCCCGAGCCGGCUGUACGGGCACCAGCCUGCCCAGAUCCACAGUUUUCAAUGAUCAAACACCCACUUCAGCAUCGGUGGAGCCUGUGGUUCUACAGGAAUGACAAGAAUCGCAGCUGGGAGGAGAACCUUCUGGAGAUCUCCUCGUUCGACGCUGUUGAAGACUUCUGGGCGCUCUACAACCACAUAGAGCUGGCCAGCAAGCUUCCCGUUGGAUGCGACUACUCGCUGUUCAAGUCUGGCAUCAAGCCCAUGUGGGAAGACUGCCGCAACAAGCAAGGAGGUCGUUGGCUCUUCAACCUCAACAAAAACCAGAGGACAACGCACUUGGACAAUUACUGGCUCGAAAUCUUGCUGUGUUUGAUAGGAGAGGGCUUUGACGAGUUCAGCGACGACGUCAACGGUGCUGUGGUUCAGGUUCGCAACAACCUCGACAAGAUCGCCGUCUGGACCACCGAUGUUCGCCGAGCUGAUGGCAACGUCAAGAUCGGUAAGACAUUGAAGGCGCGGCUGAACAUGCAUCCCCGGCAUAUAGUUCCAUACCAGGCCCACACCGAUACUCAGUCGAAACAUGGUUCCACGACAAGGGCUAGAUAUCAAGUCUAAAAGAAAUUUGAGCGAACCAAGAGAUGACAA